AUGUACGCUCCGGUUCGGAGACAGGGGGGGCGAAUUGAUAGCUGUGGGAGCCGGCGAUUGUUUCGUAGGCUUGCCCAAGUAAAAUCUCAACUGCGACCGACGCCAACAUUGGUAGAACACAAUUUGAGAUUUGAUGCAUAUGAGAAAGAGAUGGAGAAAAACAUAGUUGAUUCCGAUGGGGACCUUGCUCUGGUCUCACCGUACGACCCUCAAACUGAUGCUCCCUCCAAAAACGUCUCUGAAAAGGAAGAUCAGCCCAAGUCUGAUGACGAGAAGGAGACCAUUGCCCAACUCGAGGACAGAGAGAUACUAGUAUCCUCGAAAAUUCUAUCAAAUGCAUCCCCAGUAUUCCAAGCCAUGCUCGACGGGAGGUUUCUCGAAGGAGUUCAACUGUCCGACUCAAAAGCAUCACCAGGCCAGGGACCAUAUCGGCUAUUGCUUCCUGAUGACGACUUCACAGCUAUGCUUCUCCUAUGCAGGAUACUACAUUUCAAGUUCAAAGGAAUCCCCGAACAACCUCGAAGCAACUUACUUCUCGCAUUGGCUGGCGUGUGCGACAAGUAUCAAUGCACCCAGACUCUCAAGUACUGUGGCGCCCUAUGGCUAAGGAAUUGGACGUCCUCCCUGCCUGACACGGAAGAAGCGUCAAUUGAAAACAUCUCCCGCCUUCUCAUCUUCGCUUAUGUGGCAGAUUUGCCGCAUGAGUUCUGCGAAGUUGCGUGGACAUUGGUCCUUUAUCAUGAAGGACCAAUUGCAGGACCCCAUACCCAGGCGAUCCAGUUGAUUGACCAUCCACUCCUGCCCAACGACAUUGGGAGGUACCUGGACCUGAAGCGACUUCAAUUCUGCGAGGCAUAUCACCGCGCCAUUACAGCACCGUGGACUACGUGGCAAUGGACAAGUCUCACCUCGGGAUGCUACCGUGCGAGCCACGCCAUUUCAGAAUAUACCCUCACGCUCAGGGGGGCGGGAAUUGUCCCUUACGAGCUUGACCUAAGAGAUCAUAAACUCAGUGACUUGCUCAAAGCUGCAACUAAUCUUCCCCUUCUCGCCGUGAGAAGUUGCACGUCACGAUACAAUUGCGGGUGUUCCGGAGAUCGCACAGACAGCCUAACAAGGGACCUGCGUGCUCUUGCCCGUAACAUUCCUAAGCAUAAGACGUGGUUCGGGUGCCUGGACUGUUUCAAGAGUGGAGACACGUCAAACAAGGACGGAAAAUGUCGAAUAGAGCAUGGGGAGAUCACCAACCUCUUGGCUUAA